AUGACAGCCACCCUAAAGUGCGAACGAGAGUGUAGAAAGCAGAUCGGAACGUGUAGAAUGGACAAGCGCUGGGAGGUGGUGGGCAUUGUGCUAGCUGCUUUUCUGCUUGUGGACUCGCAACUUGUGGCAGAGAUUCUUGUGAAAAGAGUGUCAGGUCGAACACUGGGCACCGCUUCCUUUGAGAAUGUCCUGUGGGUUACUGUACUUCGACAUCUUUUGGAACGGUGCAGCAGCACAACUACGACUCCAGGCUACUUGAUGUCCGCACAGGGUUAUUUUUGGUUGCUUGUUUGUGCCACACCAUCAGCUCACAUUAUUCAGUCAGAUUUGGAUAGUUUAGUAUGCGAUUGCUUACGCCCCUUUCACUACCAGAGGCAUGCAAAUUGGGUACAUAUGCUGGCCUACAACACAUUGGCAUAG